CAAAGCGCUCAUCACACUCAAUGACAUCAUUAUCAUCAUUCGUGUAGCCCAAUUGACCGCGGCGAUAAAUGUGAGGUCAGUGAAGUCUAGCUCCCAGGGCGCCCUUCUGAGAAACUUGUUCCUUACGACGCACAUGCGUCCUCGAGACUCGCUCUCAUGCGAAGCCGUGGAAGUGGUCAGGCGACGGCCGAGGUCACUCGGCUAUUCGGGGCUAUCUCGGACCGACGUCCAUCAGUCACGUGUCAUCAUCCCCGCAUUGGGCAGACAGCGUCUAGACUUGGUAGUUCAUAAGUGUGCAGUCUUGAUCGGCGACUUCCAUGCGCAUCGGACUCCGGGACGCAACCCCAAGAACAGAAAGGAUCAUCCAUCCAUUGCAUAGCGACGAAAGUCUGCGCAAGUUCCGUGCCAGAUAAUCCACCCGAUUCAAAAGCCACGCAUCGUCGAGAAAACGAAGCCCGUGAGGUGGGCUCGCACAUAGCUCAUAACCAGUGGGCGAAACAUAUAAGCUGGGCAGCUCGGUCGUGCGCUCUCCACCCGAAACUACGAUGUCUGGUGACAGUGCGGUCGAAGAUCUCAACCCUGGCGGGCGUCAGGUCAUUUUCGUGGUCGGGCUAGGGAUGGUCGGCGUCGCGUUCAUCGAGAAACUUCUGGAUCUGGACUCGGCUGCGAAGCGAUAUCUGGUGGUGACCUGUGGCGAAGAGCCCGUCUAUGCGUACAAUCGCGUUGGGCUAACCGAAUACUUUGCUCAUCGGAAUGUCGAGGAUCUGUACAUCCGGCCCCCGUCGUGGUAUGCCGAUCAGCAGCCCGACAGUUUCCGCUACUUCCUCGGCGAGACCGUGACGUCCAUCAGCCCGGAGGAGCACGUCGUGACGACUUCGAAGGGGCGCGCGUUCAGGUACGACAAGUGCGUGCUCGCGACCGGCUCCAGCGCCGGACUGCCGCCGUAUGUCUCGCACGACGAGAUGCGGCGCACCAAAGGCGUGUUCGUGUACCGCAACAUCUCGGACCUGGACGCCAUCGUCGCCUACGCGGAGCAGGGAAACGUCGAACGGGCGCUCGUCGUCGGGGGCGGCCUGCUGGGUCUCGAGGCAGCGAAGGCCGUGUACGAUCUGCCCAGUAUACCACACGUGACCAUCGUGCACCGGCAAGCGCAUCUGCUCUCCCGGCAACUGGGCCCAGAAGCGGGGCUCAUGGUCUUGCGGCGCGUGCAGGAAAUGGGGGUCGAGGUGCUCGCUAACUGCACCCCGAUCGGGCAGCUGAGCGAAGAUGCCGCGUUUACCGGGCUCCAAUUGCACGGCGGCGCGACCAUCAAGGCAGGGCUGGUCGUGUACGCGAUUGGGAUCCAACCACGCGACGAUCUGGCUGCGGAAAGCGGCAUCCGCCGGGACAGUAAGGGCGGGAUCGUCGUGGGCAACGACCUACAAACGACCGCGAAGGAUGUGUUCGCCAUUGGAGAAUGCGCCAGCUGGCAGGGCCACACAUAUGGCCUCAUCGGGCCCGGCAUCGAAAUGGCGGACAUCCUUGCGUUCAAUCUGACGCAGACCGACCAGCACGCGCCGCGCGAAAUGAAUGCGCCCGAUCUGAGCACGAAGCUCAAGCUCAUGGGGAUCGACGUUGCCUCCUUCGGAGACUACUUCGUCGACACCAAGCCGAUCGAGGAGCAACAGCGAGCCGUGGCCCGCGUCCUACCCGCGAAGCGAGGCCGGGCGGCUGUCAGCAUUGCCAUCGAGCCGGACGACGGGCCCGCGAGCCCGAUCCAGUGUCUGGUCUACAACGAUCCAUUCAGCUCGACGUACAAAAAGUACAUAUUCACCGCCGAUGGCAAGUACCUGCUCGGCGGGCAGAUGAUAGGGGAUGUGUCGGACUUUGCGAAGGUGGUCGCCAUGGUCAAGAAGAAGAAAGCUUUAGAGACUCCGCCGUCCCAACUGAUCAUCGGCAAUAAAGGAGAAAGCUCAUCGGAUGAUCUUGACGACGACGCCCAAGUUUGCAGCUGCCACAACGUCGAUAAGGGCCGACUGGUUCGCACUGUGCGAGACGGGUGCACGUCCCUCGCAGAUAUCAAACAGAAGACGAGAGCGGGCACAGGGUGUGGCGGAUGUGUCCCACUCGUAACCAGCAUCCUCAACGCCGAGCUGAAGAAACUGGGCGUCGCGGUGAACAACAACCUGUGUCCCCAUUUCGCCCUGUCGCGCGCGGACUUGUUCGCCGUUGUCCGCGUGAAGCAGCUGCGCACCUUUGAAGAGGUGGUCGCGGCCUGCGGGGUCAGCAAGCAGUCGCUCGGCUGCGAGAUCUGCAAGCCGACUAUAGGCAGCAUCCUCUCCAGUCUGCACAACGAACACGUGAUGGAGCCAGCGCACCACCAAAAUCAGGACACCAACGACCGCUUCUUGGGGAACAUCCAGCGGAACGGCACGUUCUCUGUCGUCCCGCGUAUCGCGGCGGGGGAAAUCACGCCGGACGGGCUGAUCGCCAUCGGAUCCGUCGCGAAGAAAUAUGGCCUGUACACAAAGAUCACAGGCGGGCAGCGGAUCGAUCUGUUCGGCGCGCGCAAGGACGAUCUGCCUGAUAUCUGGGAAGAGCUCAACAAGGCGGGAUUCGAGAGCGGCCAUGCGUACGGGAAGGCGCUGAGGACGGUCAAGUCCUGCGUGGGAACCACGUGGUGUCGGUUUGGGGUGGGCGAUUCGGUGGCCAUGGCCGUUCGGCUCGAGAAUCGGUACAAAGGGAUCCGCAGCCCGCAUAAGUUCAAGGGCGGCGUGUCCGGCUGUGUCCGGGAGUGUGCGGAGGCGCAGAGCAAAGACUUUGGUGUCAUCGCCACCGACAAAGGCUGGAACAUCUUUGUCGGUGGAAACGGCGGGGCCACGCCGCGACACGCGGAUCUGUUUGCGAAGGACGUGCCUCCGAGCCAGGUCGUGCGGAUCCUGGACCGGUAUCUCGCAUAUUACAUCAUGACAGCCGACAGACUGCAGCGCACGGCGCGGUGGAUCGAGGCCAUCGGGCUCGAGAAGCUGCGGAGCGUCGUGCUGCGGGACGAGCUGGGGAUCUGCGCCGAUCUGGAAAGCUUCAUGGACGGCAUGGUCGGCACUUACGCAGACGAGUGGGCGCAGGCGGUCCAGGACCCGGCCAAGCGCCAGAAGUUUAGGCAGUUUGUCAACACGGAGGAGCGGCUGCCGUCCUCGGGAAUGGUGCUUGAGCGCGGUCAGAAACGGCCUGCGGAUUGGGCGGCGUCCUAUCCCCCGUUUCUUCUCACCACGAACGACAUCGCAGCACCCAAACCCGAAUGGCAGUGGAAGAGUUUGCUGUCCAAGGCCGACCUGCGACCGACCAAAGCAGGGACCACCAGUGUUGUCGUCAAAUAUGGCGAAACUCAGCUCGCUGUGUUCCAUGUCGCAGGCCGGGGCUACUUUGCUACACAACAGAUGUGUCCUCACAAACGGACCUUUGUUCUCGAUCAAGGAAUUGUUGGAGAGUCUCCAGCUGGCGAACCAUACAUUUCUUGCCCGAUGCAUAAACGCAACUACACUCUGGGAGCCGGCGACUGCCUGAACGAUCCGGAGCUGCGCAUCCUCACCUUCGAAGCGAGGGAAAAUCCCGACUGCGAGGAUGAGAUCCAACUCUUGCUUCCCCAGGAGGAGGCUUUGGAUGCAGUUUUGGGGACGGAGAAGUGGAUGGUCCGCCAGGCGACGGCCGAGGCUCAAGAGUUGAAUACGGCGACCGAGAUCGAGGUCGUUGGGGUCACAUGCCAGCGUCCUGAGCAUGAGUGGUGACCAUCACUACGCUUAUAUAAUCUCAACUCUUCUCUCCCAAAUAGUACACCCAGUUUCCAUAUCGGGAGGAACCGUUUCGCCCGCUACUCCUUCCCUCACAUCUGCCUCUUGUCUUUCGAGUCCGUCGAAAUCACAGCCUCGCCAGUGCUGGGAACGGAUCAUGCUACUUCAUGCCCUCACUGUUCACCCUGACAAGCUGCCAAGCCUCUUGCCCAGUCUUGGCUUCACAUUUCCAAGACUUUCCACUCGCUUCCUUGAAGCGAUCUGAAUUUAAGGGUCAUAUGAGUUUGCAUCUGCUUACAUCAACCUCUUUUUGCCCUCUUUGGUCCACGCUCUUUUCUCCCUCGCUCCUUCUCGCCACCACAAUGCAAGCCCCCUCCUCCGCCUCGCGCAUGGCCGCGCUCCUGCUCGCCGUCUCGCCAUUCAUGGGCGUCGUCGCGCAGCAGAGCACGUUCCCCGCGACGCCCCUCGUGUCCAAGCACUUUGCGUACCCCACCGGCAUCCCGUACCAAGCCGAUAGCGACAAGAACCUCAUCCGUGGCGCGCAGAGCGGGUACAACCAGUGCAACUCGACCACGGAGGGCCAGGCGUCCCUGUGCCAGACCGGCUUCGUCAACUCCUUGGACGACUUCUGCCUGUGGGCGCCGUCGGCCCCCAACAGCCUGAUCGCUGAUACCGAGGGAGAGGAAGUCGCGUGGUGCACCAAGCCUGGGCGCGGCACGCGUCUGAUCCCGGCGGGUGCCCUGAAGGGUCUGCAGUUCAUGCGGACGCCCGACUACAUCCAGGUCGUUGGGUUCAUCGACCAGACCCAGAUCAACAUCCAAGCGGGCGACUUUGGUGGGGAAUUGGAUCCCCACGGUGCUGAUCUGCGUGGUAACCCCCUCGGAGGGCUGCUGUACUCCACGGCAUGGAGCCAGGACAAGAACAACUUCCAGCAAGUUAGCGAGUGGCACAACUUCAUGGGCGCCAACCAGUUCUGUUUCAAGGCCUGCGACCCUGCCGGCCCCAACGCCGCCAACUUCUGCCAGCACAUUGUUCGUAUCUUGUGUCCUUGCGUCGUCCUAGUCUAACCAAGUCGCUCUAGUACGACCGAAUCGGCUUUGAUUACAACUGCCCGAACGCUGCCAAGAACGGAACGUUCGAGUCUUGCCUCGGCGACAACCAGGACUUCCCCGGCGUGUACACGGGCACCGACGGCGCCGUGACGACCUACUCCCAGCCGCCCGAGAGCCUCGGCGCCAUCUCGACGAUGCCCUACCAGCCCCGGGUGCCCGCCAGCAGCAGCUGCACGCCGUUCCAGAGCGACUCGCUGUACGCCGCUUUGGCCUCGGUCGUCCCCAGCGCCGGCUCCAGCGCCGCGCCGCCCGCCAGCGCCACGGGAUCUGCUGGCUCCAAGUCGCAGACCAGCGGUGGUGCGUCGCAUGCGUCGACGGGCACUGCCACCCGGAGCUCGUCCUCCAGCCUGCCCAGCGCGACUGGCACCGGCGGCGCCACCGAGGCGCGCCUCGUUGGUGGCAUGGCUACGGUGUUCGGUGUGGUGGCCGCUGUGGUCUUCCUGUCCUAAUCUAUCGAGCUGCACUGGACCUUUUACGGAUAAUUUCGCGCCCUGGAAUCAUGAUAUACCAGUCACAUAAUACAGGACUGCCGUCUCGUUUGAAUACAAGUUCUGAACCACUCCCGAGACGCACUCCCCCGGUGUGCAGACGUAUCCAAGGCUUACAUAGGAUCUAGAACACGGAUGGCCUUGGCUCGGCCGGUGACAUACGUCCGAGGCAGUGAAAAGUGCGGUCCUUGUCAGGCUCAGGAACAAACGUUCCCCGGUCCGCAGUCCUUUUUGUGCCAUCAUCGUCGGAACUUGGAGUGACGGAUCGUUCAUUGAGAUCGGGAAACUCCGCCCCACUGGGCAGGCGAAACGUUCAACAGCAAAGCGUCGACGGUUGGAGAUUGCAUUGCAUUGCCGCAGUUCCGCAGUCACGUCAACCAUCAGAGAGGAGAUCUGCACGUCCGCCGGCCAGCGUGAGAUGUGCUGGGCAAGACGCUCAGUCAUCGGACCACGAGAGCUCGAGCCACAGUAGAGACCACCAGUCCAAGAUCAGCCAAGUAAAAUGCUCUAGCCCGAGUCAUUCCCAAGCCACUUCGGUUUCCAUAGGUAACGCUGAUCCCAUUCUUGUUUACGGUCUUGCCAGGCCGAGUUCGAUCGCAGCGGAAAAGGUGCAAACGAGCUCUUUCUUGGCUGCAUCGGGCAGCAUUCAACAAAGUCCAGGCGACUAGGAAAAGUAUACACUUCAUUUUCAUGCUACUAGCUAUAGCGUCUGUAGGAAAUAGUAGGGAACACCGCAUAAAGCAAUGUUAAAACAAUUGUACAGGAUGAACACGGCAAAAAAAAA